AUGGAUAACAGCUCUGCAAGCAUGGCCGACGGAAGAGGCUUGGUAAUCCAGCAGAACGAGCACCAGCAAGUUGACCCGGCUAUUCCGCAACUCAGCUGUGCCAGUUGCCGUGAUCGCAAACUGAAGUGUGACAAGCUAGAUCCUUGCACCAACUGCACAGCCUCGGGGCUCGUCUGCAUCUCGAUCUACCGGCCGCGACUACGACGGGGUCGGCAUGCGCGACGCUCAGGCCAACAGUCAUCACCGCCACCGGCCAUCAAUCGAGAGCAAGUGUAUGCCCGGAGUGCUGCUGAGGACACGGCUGUGAAUAAAAAUCUUACCGAGCGGGUCUGUCGGCUUGAGAGCCUUGUCCAGACCGUGGGAUCGGUGACGACAAGUGCGGAUAUGCGCCAUCGAGAGCUAUCAGAGCCUGGGGUGAAUUCUGACGUAUGGCCCGUCACUUCUGCGCCAUUAAGCCCUACGCUUUCCAGGAGCACUAAGAAACGAGGUCUCUCCAAUUCCAAUUCCCUCUGGGUAGACUUGGUUCAGGAGAUGAAAUGGACAGCGAAGGCAAUCUCCCCCCCUAUGCAGGCCGACCUUGCUGCCGAUAGUGGUAUAAGCGCUCUAGGCUUGUUCGACACAGUUGAUCCAUUCGCACCCAGACAGGUUCAGAUACUGUGCGAGGAUCGGGGAGCUGUUCGUCAGCUAUGUCAGAUUUACCUGCAAAACGUGGAUCCGAUCAUUAAAAUCCUCCAUCGACCGUCGCUGGGGAAGUGGAUGAUACAAGGAGAGAGAUAUCUGGACUAUCCCGAAGAACAUCCAGCGGUCAAUGCUUUGGCCUCGGCCGUGUUUUACUCGGCCGCCAACAGCAUGACGGAGAACCAGUGUCAAUCGAUAUUCCAUACCAGCAAAUCCAGUUUCGUAAUGGCCUAUCGAGGAAGAUGUGAGGUCGCAGUCGAGAAAUCGGGUCUAUUGACUACUCGCGAUAUAACUACUCUGAAGGCGUUCAUUUUAUACCUUACCAGCAGAAGCUCCGAAGAUAAAAGUGUGGCUAUUUGGACACUAGUCGCACUCGCAGUCAGGAUAGCAAAGGCCCUCAACUUGCACCAGGACCAGGGCGAGAACUUCUUCGAACAGCAGAUGCGAAAGCGACUCUGGCUGACCAUUUGCCUGAUCGAUCUUCAGGCAUCUUUUGCCCAAUCGUCCGAACCACUCAUCACUGACCGUGAAGGGCUCACUGAUACCACAUUUGCCCUUAUCACGUACCAUGUACAAGUCGCUGGGCGUCUGCUGAACUUUCCAGAUGUCGAACCAACAUUUUGUAACAGCAAUGGUAGCCAUGGUGGUAGCAGCAGCAGCAGCGUGACAUCAGUCUCAUCUGUCACGAUAAUGAACGACCAGAAAGCCCGGAAGCAGCACGUCCGACGAUUCAAACAAGAAGCACUCGAACUUCUAGGUUUCUGUGGUCCUGAAUCCUCACCAUACGCCUGGUUUACAUGGCAUGGCACACAAUGUCUGCUCGCCGCGGUGCGUCUCUCCGAACUACGUCCAUUGUCUCGCUCAGUGAUGGGAAACCAGGCCCCACCUCUCCCAUCCGGAGUUGAAGCAGGAGACACGGAGCUGCUCCGCCAGGCAUUGCACAACCUCGAAAAGGCACAACUGAUCUGCAACGAUCCACGGGGUGAGGGCUUUCGCUGGUAUAUCACCAUCCCACGAGCCGCCCUUGUCGCCAGCGUUGCCGAGUGCUAUCUGUGUACCGACAAGGUUCUCCUUCGACGCGCUUGGCCGGUUAUUGAGGCUUCGUAUCGGCAUCACGAGGCUGUUUUACGACAGAGCGGUGAAGCGGUGCAGGGCUCUUUACCACAGAUGAUGCGCCAGACCCGUGAGAAGCUAGCUCCGCUUCUGCAUGGAGAUCAUCCUAUCAAUGGGAUUCAGAGUCUUGGUAUGGCUGGCAAUGGUAGUAGCAACAGCUCGACCACCCAGAGUUUGCAUCCCACAGAAGCCCCCCUACGAAGGCCCAAUACAGCUCCUCCCUCCAAAGAGACUGCAAUUGAUGCGACGGGCUCCGAUAUGACCUUUGAGGCAGGCUUUGCGGCGGCGACAUCAACUCAGCUACCUCCGCGGCAGACGUGGGAUUCGACCUCCUUCUUAACGAAGGGCCAGCCUAUGUUGACUGCUCCUCCACUACCUACCACCACUGCAGGCUGGUGUCAUCCGCUCUCUUCGUCGGACGUGCUAGGGCCCUCUUGGACGAUGGGGCAAGAGGAGGAGGAUAUGGGGUGUUUUUAG